GUUUGUACUGUUGAUCAUAUGUCCGUCGUAGACUCGACAACGACAGAUCAGCUCACGAGAGUACUCUAACUUACAAAAGGAUGCAACAGCACAGCUAAAGAUUUCAGUAUUAAAUACCAAAACCCUUCAAAGGACUGCGUAACAGCGAUAUGUGAUGUUCAAAGCAUUCCAACGGGAACCAACUUUCAAGCAAUAUUCAAGUGAAGUAUUUAAAGAAAAGCUUGGGAAGUUUUAUCAGUUCAUAAACGAUUUUACAUACAUUGAUGAGGAGCUGAAUCCAGAGGAAAGGCAGCAACUGCUGCAAUCUCGCUUCACAAAUGGAUACACCCCCUUUCUGCAACUGGUAAGAACUCUGUUUGGAAACGAUGUCCAGACACAAGAUAUCAAGGCGGUAUUUCGAAAAAUCGCUACUUCUCCUGAUGCAGAGGUAGACUGGGGCGAGUUGUUUGGAAUAAAUACAACUGUGACAGAAGAUCUCCAUGAAAUUGCACAGCCAAAUCAAACUCUUGACAUUUUUACACUUGAUUCAAAAAUAAUUGCUGGGCAAGCAGGAGGUGAUCGCAGAAGCCGUGAAAAUAUCAAAUGCAUCACAUACUCUACUGAGCUGAACAUUUUUGUCACUGUCACGUUGCACGGAAUUGCAUGUCACUGGAAUUCUAAAUUUCGAUUCAAAUCUUCCAUUGAUAUUGGGGAGUCUUCUUGGGUAACUGGAUGCUGCAUUUUGCCAGACCUAAGAAGAAUAGCGAUAUCAACAGAAAGAUCGAUUGUGAUAUGGAACUACAGGGCCAAAGGAAAAGAAAGGAAUGUUUUUCACAUAAAGCCAAUUGACUCGCCUCAGUGUGUUACAAGAGUCCCAUGGAAGCACAACCCAGGGACGGAAGAUUAUCUCAUCUAUGGAGAUGAACAAGGCCACAUUAGCUUGAUGACGUUGAAUUGCAAAGACUUUCAAAAAGUUGGCAAGGUCGAAAAGGAUCAUGGGGAUACAAACAAUGUUAUCGAUCCAACUGAGUUGACAAGGGAAAUUGUGCGGAGAAAGUUUCACAAUGAUUGGAUUUUGCAGUUGAAGUAUAUUCCGCAACUACAAAUGUUUGGAUCGUGUUCCAGUGACAAGGAAUGUUCAUUUGUUCUUUCAAGAUUAGACAAUAUAAUGGACACCCGGCCUGUCCGUGAAAUGUCGUUGCACAAGGGUGUAAACUGCUUCGUAUACUGCGUUAGAGCAAAUGCAAUAGUAACAGGAGGUGUAGAUAAAAUUUUGAGAAUCUGGCAUCCAAUCAUCAUGUCUAGGCCAACAGGCAAACUCAUUGGUCACCUUUUUACUGUUACCGAUAUCGCAUGCAAUGAAAGGGACCAGCAUUUGAUCAGUUUGUCAACGGCUAGAAUUUUCAGGAUCUGGGAUCUACAAAAGAUGCAAGGACUACAGACUUUUGCGGUUGGGGAGAAUCUCACUGCUGAAAACAGAACUUGUGUGAUGCAAUUUGACAGUAAAUAUGAUCGUCUUAUAACAGGAACAAACAUUAUUGAGUUAUGGCCCGUUAAUCGAGACCAAGACAGCCAAAUUGUACCCCACACUCACGAACAGUCGAUAUCGUGUAUGCUGUAUAACGCUGUCCUCAAUCAGGUAGUUUCUGCCUGCAUCGAGUGCAUUUUAAAGGUAUGGGAGAUCGAAACAGGAGAGUUGGUGUACACUAUCACCCAGGCCCAUGGAUCUAAAUCUACGUUCAUCACUGCAAUGGUCACUGACGAUACGGGCCAUCGUCUAAUCACCGCUGGGCAGGACGGGUCAUUGCGGCUUUGGGAUUGCAUCAGCUCACGCUUGCUCAAAAGUUACAACACUGAAGUAUCAAAAAUGUCAAAAAUCUGCAAUGUUGCAUAUAUUGGUCACAAUGAGACGAAAUUGAUCAUCGCGGGAACGGCCAAUCGAAGCGUGCGUGUUUUCCAGGACGCCGCUGAUACGAUCAUCGAGUUGUACGCACUAUGCGACACUGUUCACAUCAAUGUUGAACAGAUCAGACUUGGCAAUACGCCGCAGAAGACUCCAGCCGACGAUAGGAAAACGUCCUACGACAAGCAUCUUCUGGGCGGUGAUCUCAAGCGUCAAAGCAGUUUUCUAAGCAACGUUUUUCUCUCAAGUGAUGUAACCUGCAUGGACUAUUCUGCAGAUGACAAUCUUACGGCUGCUGGUUUUUCCAACGGAAGCGUUUUUGUCUGGAAUAUGGAUGACAACAGUCUUGUUUCGAAAAUCCAAAAGCAGCAGCUUUUUCAAUCGUCAUCAAACACAGGGGGCUGGACUAGUGAUUCAAUCAGUUUCUUGAAAUUCCUCGUUCAUGAAAUCGAGCCUGAUGAAUUAAAGGACAGAAGUGAAACAAAUUCUGCUGCAACACUACGCAAAAAUUCUGUGAUGGAAAACAAAGAUGAUGGAUGCUCCGCGUUGGCCAAGGAGCGUGUGGCUUCCGAAACUGACGCAGUGGUGCUCUCUGUGCAAGGAAGCCAUCCAGCGUAUUUGGUCAGCUCUGGAAAAACGAGAGAAAGUGAUGCUUUGCCAGCUACGAACUUCGAUGCACGACGUAUGAAACACAUGACCUUGUUGGUUGUAUGCAGUGAAAACGGAUCUGUUACCUUGACGACUAUCGAGGGAAAGGUUUUGAUGCAAAUUACCGUUGCGAAUGCGAUUCAGAGAACUCGCUGUGUCACUGCUGUGUUGGAAGUCAGAGAAGACAUGCAAAUCUACUCUGGUGACACCAUGGGAUAUCUUAGCUGCUGGAACCUUAGUGACUUUUGGAAAAUAACUACUGACGCAGUAAAGGUUGGCGAUGCUGAUAGAGAUGUUCUGCCUAACCAUGAAAGACAGCUGGAGGAAUCAAUCGAGCAGCUAUUGACAUGGCGGGCACAUCAAAUGAAGAUAACAAAUAUAGAAUACAUACGAGACUAUGAUAUUGUUCUGUCUGCGUCGAUCGAUGGCUCAGUAAGAAUGUGGCAUUGCAAAACGGGACAUUUCCUUGGCUUUUUUGGACAGUCGAAGCCAUGGCAUCUGAGCGACGAAAUGCUGAUUCCUCCAUCACCAGUCCAGCCCCAUGACAUAACCGAGACACCUCUCAAGCCAUUAAAGAAACUCAGGCUCACUAAUAUUAAUACAAAACCAGAGGCAGCAAAGUGUCCGUUGGCAUUUGAUGUUCAAAGGUGGUCCAACGUUCCAACACUACCCGCGAUAACAGAAAAAGAAAGCCCCAGAGACAAAAAAUUCUUCUCUUCUUUAUCAAAGCCAAAGCAUUACAACUCACAUUUGGAGAGCAGCUCGGUCACUGCAACUUAUGGAUCAAAUUCAGUGUUUCGAACCCUACCAGUUUAUAAGGUUCAAAGUCCAAAAAGAUUGAAAACUCCGUCAGUGAAAUUCCGAGAAUCUACUUGGUACAAAAAUCGAACCAAAACAACCACCCAAAACAAGCGGAAAAGGAAUGCUGCUGCAUUUAGAAUGCCAUCUCCAAAGAAAGAGGUCAGACCAGUUGUUCGGUUUCCACAUAUUGUCACUGGUUUCAAGAAUGGCGGUGGCAGCUAGUGGCAUCGAGAAACUUCAAAAGGCGCUGUCUUUGUCCUCUCCGUUCUUAAAAACAUGUAGCUAAAGUGUGUUUAUUUAGAAGAGUGAAAGUCCAGCCAUUUGCAGGGAGGAUCAUGGAAACUGAUGACUACAUUUUAGAAAAUUACUAGUUUGUUUUUAAUGCACCCUUUUUAAAUGUAUAAUAGCGAAAAUCAUAGAUCUAGUUUAAUCCGAAAAAGAUACAUUACAGCAAAAUUUUUUGCUUUCAAUCAGUUUUAAAACAAUGAAAAUAAUUUCUUUACAUUAUCUAGUAUCAACUUCAACACCCUUUUUCCUCGAACUGAAUUUUCGUUUCUGUAACUUAGCAUCUAGGAGACAGGUAAAAAGAAUUAGUAUUCAGAAGUUCAGAAAAAAUAGCAAUUUCAAGGCUGACGAUUGUGAGGAAAGUCAGUGAGAAAUCAAAUUUCAAAUGCCACGCCCUGACUACGCCUUACUUUUAUUGCUUUUAGGAAGGUUUUGAAAAUUUUGGCUAAUGAUUAGGAAAGAUUAGCACGUUUCUUGGCCCUGUUGGUUCAAAUUAAGAUGACAUUUAUUUCCUUUUUUUAAGUCGCUUGUUCAAAAAAAAUAAUUUAUUUAACUGUCUCUCGUUAGUUCUCCCUAAUACGAGUGCAAUGGCCCUUGCAACACCCGCAGAGUAUGUUAUUGUGUGUUUGUGCAACAGAUGUUUUAAUUUAUAGACUGUAUUUGUAAAUUAUGACUUAUAUAGUGUGACUGUAAAAAUUUAUUAAACAGAUUUAAUAUAUAUGUGCAACAGAUGUGAUUUUUGAUAAUUAUUGUAAUAAAUAUUUGAUUAUAAUGACUUUUGUAUGAUUUUUUAAAAAGCCAAUAGUAUACAGGCUCUCCAAAC